ACAUUAUCCUGCGGAGUCGGACCCUGCUUAACAAAUCCUCCUCUGUUGUCGCUCUUAAGCCUGUUGACUGCCCUAUCCGUCAAGGUUGGGUGCAACCAUGUCCAGCUCUUCGUAGUGGCAGCCGGUACAUCUUCAAGAUGAGACAUACCCUGCGGCUUGGCCGCUCAGCUGCUUCCUUUGUGCGGUCCAUUGAGCGCACGAAACCAUCUCAAUCGCCUAUCCUACGAGCCAUCUCCGCAAGAACGUUCCACAGCACCCGACCGAAAUCUGAAGAGAAGGGCAGAGAGGAACCGAAAGGAAGUGCGUCCUUUCGAGGUCAGCUUUAUGAAAGCACAUCAGACCGAUUGAAGCGGGAAAGAGACUCUGAAGCCCGGUACAUCCAAGCUCAACGCCAGCGCAAAGGAGAGCCGAGGACUUUGGCUCUGAGUGUUGUCAUCCUAUCCGUGGCCGGUGUGGCCUACUGGCUGGGAACCAGAGGCGAGAAAGCUUUAGACACUACCUCCACCACUCCUCUAGCACGGGCGCAUCCUCCUCAACUCGACACACGUACCUCCGUUCUCCAGGCAGCCUGGGUCGACUUCGCUCAAAUAGUCGGAAAAGACAAUGUCUCCACAGUACCAGAUGACCUUGAAGCGCAUUCCGGCUCAGAAUGGUCCUCUUACACAACAAAGUCCGGAGAGAGGCCGUUUGCUAUCGUUUACCCUGCCACUACCGAGGAGGUGUCCAAGAUCAUGCAAGUAUGCCACGCGAGAAAGAUCCCAGUGACUGCACUCUCUGGCGGGACUAGUCUUGAGGGUCAUUUCGCGCCGACAAGAGGGGGCAUAUGCAUAGAUAUGAUGAGAAUGGACAAGAUACUGGACUUCCACCCGCAAGAUCUGGAUAUCAUCGUCCAACCUGCCUUGGGCUGGGAAGACCUGAACGAAUAUCUGCGCGAGUCUGGCAUGUUCUUUCCACCCGACCCAGGUCCAGGUGCAAAGAUCGGAGGUAUGGUCGGCACAGGCUGCUCCGGCACAAACGCUUACCGAUAUGGCACUAUGCGUGAGUGGGUGAUCUCGCUGACUGUUGUACUCGCCGAUGGCACAGUCAUCAAGACGAGACGGAGACCACGAAAGUCCAGCGCUGGUUACAAUCUGACCCAGAUGUUCAUCGGCAGCGAAGGCACAUUAGGUAUUGUCACGGAAGCAACAUUGAAAGUGACUGUUCUGCCUAAGAGCCAGUCUGUUGCCGUCGCUACUUUCCCGACCAUUCAUUCCGCAGCCGAGUGUGUUGCAAAGGUCGUCGGUGAAGGUAUCCAACUUGCAGGAAUGGAAAUUCUUGAUGAUGUCCAGAUGAUGUGCAUCAACAAAAGUGGAACAACAUCUCGACAAUGGCAAGAAGCGCCAACGCUCUUUUUCAAGUUCGCUGGUACGCCGGACGGUGUCAAAGAACAAAUCAGUACGGUGCGAAAGCUGGCAAAAGCCACUCACAACAAAACCUUCGAGUUCGCAAAGAACGAUGACGAGGCCGCAGAACUCUGGAGUGCUCGAAAGGAAGCGCUAUGGAGUGUUAUGGCUAUGCGGAGAGACGAAAAAGACCAUGUCUGGACGACCGAUGUGGCUGUACCUAUCAGCAGACUGGCUGAUAUCAUUCAAGAGACUCGAGAUGAUGUCGCCAGCAGUGGAUUGAUAGGAGGUAUUUGCGGCCAUGUUGGUGAUGGAAACUUCCACACCAUCUUGCUGUACAACGACACCGAGAAGCAGACAGCCGAAGGGCUUGUACACCGCAUGAUCCAACGAGCAAUCGCUAUGGAUGGCACAGUUACUGGUGAGCACGGUGUCGGCCUGAAGAAGCGUGAUUACAUCCGUGAAGAGUUGGGAGAGGAGACUGUCGACGCCAUGCGCAAGCUCAAGCAAGCGUAUGAUCCUCUUGGAAUUUUGAACUGUGACAAGAUUGUUCAGCUUGAACUGGGACAUUGAAGCCUUGUACCAGGAAAAAGCACGAUAAUAUGAAAGGGAGAAUGCACGUCGGCAAAGAUAUAUACCGAAUACUAUAUUCCAGAGUGCCCUUCUAGGUCUCAAAUACCCCGAGCUGCAACAAGAACUGCAACCCCGCGGCCCAAAUUGUUGCCCUCUAUUUAGCCUAAAUGCCCUCUACAACUUCUUUUCA